ACAAACGACUAGAAGCUAUGACAGUGACUGGACUAAGCUACUACAAACGACUAGAAGCUAUGACAGUGACUGGACUAAGCUAGCCAAUACGACCAUGGUGUUGUGAUCAAAAGCAUACUCGAUCAGUCACUGUGCGGUGAUUAUGGUUCAGACUUCAGUCGUAUCAACUCCGUGGUCAAGACUUGCCCUUCGGGCACUCCACUGCUCAAUGAUCAGCCAGCCAACAAGUACUUCAUAUCCACCUCAUUCCUACCUCCUUGUGUGCAUCUCCGAACUCUUAUCUCCACGAUUUUAUCACCUCUGCUCCGAUGUCCUCCAUCAGCUUGCUCUUGCUGUGCAUGACUCUUUCACAGAUAGCAGCAGCCGUCGAAACAGUUGAUCAAGGGGCUAACUGCUCUCCCAAGACAUGCGGCAACCUGACUAUCGCAGACCCAUUCGGAUUCGUCCCGGAGCAGGCAGCCGAUACAAAAUGCGGCCGACUGGGCUUCGAGGUCCAUUGCAACAACAGCAUCCCAUACCUCGGGUACUACCGUCGUAACUACCGGUUCCGGAUUCUCGACAUCUUCUAUGACAACAGCUCCUUGCUUGUCGCCGAUAUCCACAAGCUUGCAGAUUUCAGCGCAUCCGACUCAAAGGGCUGCCAUGUUCUGACUGCUAACACCUCCUCCAAAGUUGGCCUUCCAUUCUCGAUCAGCCCUGUCAAUCUGAACCUCAUCUUCUACAACUGCACCAAGAUACCGGAGGCGGAUAGGGGGCUUGUGGAGACGAAAUGCAGCAGCAGCUUGUUUGUUCGUGUUGCAGUUGGGGGGCAUUACAAUGACUCGAGCAGCUAUACGCAGUACUCAGUGGAUGGCUGUAGCACUACUCUUGUGCCAGUGCUGGGGACAUUCGGCAAGGUGAACGCAAGGAACUAUGAGCAACUCAUCAGCGAUGGCUUCCUCUUGACGUGGCAGCUGCCGUCUGAUGGGAGGCGCAACAUCAAACUAAUUUUAAUAGGUUCCCUCUCAGCUGCAGCUGGCGUGUUUUUCACAUGUCUUCUUUGGAUCAUAUACCGUCGGAAACAAAAACUCAACCUGUUCAUUCUCCAAAAGCAUGUUCAGAAUAAAUCAAACACGGAAGAGAUACUAAGGAGAUAUCAAUCACUAACCCCGAAGAGGUACAGAUACUCAGAUCUGAAGAAAGCAACAAGAUGUUUCAAGGAAAAAUUAGGAGAGGGUGGCUAUGGUACAGUAUUCAAGGGUAGUCUACCAGACGGCCGUAUGGUUGCUGUGAAACUCUUAAAAGGAUCCAAAGGCAAUGGAGAGGAAUUCCUAAAUGAAGUCACUAGUAUUGGUAGGACUUCUCAUGUUAAUAUUGCCAGUUUACUUGGUUUUUGUUUACAGGGAUCUAAGAGGGCCCUUGUUUAUGAGUACAUGGCCAAUGGCUCUUUAGAGAAGUACAUUUAUUCAGAGAGUUUAAAGUCAGAACUUGGAUGGGAACAAUUAAGGAAAAUAGCUAUUGGCAUCGCACGAGGUCUGGAGUAUUUGCAUCAGGGCUGUAGCACCCGCAUCAUCCAUUUUGAUAUUAAGCCCCACAACAUCCUUCUUGAUGAAAACUUCUGUCCCAAAAUAGCUGAUUUUGGAUUGGCAAAACUGUGUCACCUCAAGGAUAGUGCUCUCUCGAUGGUUGAUGCAAGAGGCACCAUUGGUUUCAUUGCUCCUGAAGUGCUUUAUAGAGGGUUUGGAGUUGUGUCAACUAAGUCAGACGUUUACAGCUACGGGAUGAUGAUACUACAAAUGGUGAGAGGAAGAACAAACGCUAAAGAAAAUACUGAGAAUUCUAGUGAAGCGUAUUUUACAAACUGGAUUUAUGACUGCUUAGUGAAAGAUUUGCAAAGCCAUGAAGUCACAUGCGACCUGGAAGAGACUGCAAAGCAGAUGGCUGUAGUCGGCUUAUGGUGCAUACAAAUGGCCCCAGGAAAUCGUCCUUCCAUGAGCACAGUCACAGAAAUGCUGGAGAAGAACAUCGGCGAAUUGGAAAUUCCACCCAAGCCAUUCCUUUCCUGCCCCUCACUCCAAUCACAUUUCUCAUCUGUCAGAGACGAUCAGACGACCGUGCGAGCUAAUACGAAAAUUAUUUUUCAACCCCAAAGCUCAAACAAGUCAAACCGGCGGCCCCUGUUCUUGUACAAAGUACACGCACCCUUCCUCCUCGCCGAUCGCCACGGCCACCAACCACAAACCAUCAUUCAUUGCUACCAGAUCGCCGCCAUGGCCGUGCGUGCCCGACCGCUGCUCCUCUCCGCCGUAGCAACAUUUCUAGUAGCACUGCUGCACGCGGCGGCGGCGGCGGCCGCGACGAGCUGCGCGCCGAGGGCGUGCGGCAACCUGACCAUCGCCUACCCGUUCUGGCUCCCGGACCAGGCUUCCCCCUCCUCGGCGCCGUGCGGCCCGGCAGCGUUCCAGGUCGACUGCCGCGGCGGGCAGGCCUCGCUGGCGCGCUCCUUCCGCGGCGCGUACAAGAUCCUCCGCGUCUCCUACGGCAACCGCACGCUCGUGGUCGCCAACGACAACGUCCAGACCGACGCCAGCGGCUGCCCCGUGCCGCGCAUCGACGUCUCCGCCAGCCUCAGCCUCGCGCCGUUCACGGCCAGCAGCACCAACGCGCAGCUCGUCUUCCUCUUCAACUCCAACUGCAACGCCGCCGCCGGCGCGCCGCCGCCCGGGUUCGUCAACGUGACGUGCCCCGGUACGCAGGCCCUGGUGCGGCUCGACCCGAGGUACAACACCUCCGCCGCGAGGGCGGUCGCCGGGGACUGCGACUACUCGGUCGUGCCCGUGCUGCCGGGCUCCCCCGGCGCGACCGCGGCGGACUACCCCAAGCUGCUGAGGGGCGGGUACCAGCUGGAGUGGCGGGCGUCGCCCGGGGACUGCGCGGCGUGCAAUGCCAGCGGCGGAAGGUGCGGGUACGACGCCAACGCCGACGCGUUCGCCUGCAUUUGCUCCGACGGCUCGUCACGGCCGACAAGAUGCGAUGCAAAGAAGUCCGGCAAGAAGGUCAUUCUGAUAGUAUCCUUGUCGAUCACAUUCGGCCUGCUGUUGGCAUUCCUCACCAUCAUCCUCAAGUUUCGUCGACGAAUCCGCAGCUUCAGUUUACCCAGCAUCAUGGACAGACGCGGCAGUAGCGACACUGCAAACGUCGAAAAGCUACUGCAAAAGUACGGAGACCUCGCGCCCAAGAGGUACAGGUACUCGGAGCUCAAGAAGAUAACCGAAUCCUUCAAGCACAAGCUCGGCGAGGGCGGCUACGGCGUGGUGUUCAGCGGCGUCCUGAGCGCCUCCCGCGGCAACCGCGAACGCGAGGUCGCCGUCAAGGUCCUGCACCACUCCCGACCCAACGGCGAGGAGUUCCUGAACGAGGUGGUCAGCAUCGGCCGGACGUCGCACGUCAACAUCGUCACCCUCCUCGGGUUCUGCCUCGAGGGCUCCAAGCGCGCGCUGGUCUACGAGUACAUGCCCAACGGUUCGCUCGACAGGUACAUCUUCUCCGACGACCCCGGCGCGGCGCUGGGGUGGGAGACGCUGCACGAGGUCGCUGCCGGCAUCGCGCGCGGGCUCGAGUACCUGCACGAGGGGUGCAACACGCGGAUCAUCCACUUCGACAUCAAGCCCCAGAACGUGCUCCUGGACGCGGACUUCCGCCCCAAGAUCGCCGACUUCGGGAUGGCGAAGCUGUGCAGCCCCCAGGAGAGCAUCCUGUCGAUGGCGGACGCGCGGGGCACCAUCGGGUUCAUCGCGCCGGAGGUCUUCUCCCGGGGGUUCGGGGUGAUCUCCACCAAGUCCGACGUGUACAGCUACGGGAUGCUGCUGCUGGAGAUGGUCGCCGGGAGGAGCAACGUCAAGGCCUACGCCGAGAAGUCGAGCGGCGACCUCUUCUUCCCGCUCUGGAUCUACGACCACCUGCUCCAGGACGGCGGCCUCCUCCAGGACCGCGGCGCGGGAGCCGCUGAUGACGAGGAGAUCGCGAGGAAGAUGGCGCUGAUCGGGCUCUGGUGCAUCCAGACCGUGCCGGCGAGCAGGCCGUCGAUGAGCAGGGUGCUGGAGAUGCUGGAGAGGAGCAUCCACGAGCUGGCGAUGCCGCCGCGACCGUACCACGUUUCUCCGUCCAACUCCCCGUCGCCAUCGCACCCGUCGAGCUACCCGUCUUCUACCUCGGGUUUCACCCUGCGUAGCUCAAGAGUUCAUACACCGGAGAGCACAGCGUAACAAAAGGAUUGGAGUUCGUACACCAGUGCUAGAUACCUGAGAGACAAGACAUAGCAAGAAGCAAAGAUAGAUUGGUCACACAUGGUUUCGUGCAGUUUGGGUAGAGGGACAAAUACGAGGAUGGACACGAUGUAACAGCAAUGUAGUGUGCAGUUCAGUGAUUGUAGUUAGGGUAGAUACUGUGGUCCUUCAAUGCAAGCAAUAGAAGUGAUGAUUGGUUCAGGAA